AUGCAGGACCUGUACCAGGCUGCUGGCCGGAUUCUCCUUACUCUUGGGAUCCUCAGUGUGUUUUCAGGAGUGAUUGCUUUCUUCCCUGUUUUUUCCAACAAAUUUUGGUUCAUAGGAUGGAGUGUCCGGAUUGCUUGUCCCGUCUGGAAUGGAGCUUUGGCCAUCACAGCUGGCAUACUGCUAAUAUUGGCUCACAAAAAAUGGACACAGAGAUACCUGUGGGAAGCUAGCUUCACCUUUCUGAUUUUGAGCAUUCUUGGAUGUCCACUUCAUUUUGCAGUCGCCUUAGAAUCUGCACUCCUUGGACCAUAUUGCUUCUACUCAUUUGCAGGGAUUACAGGAACUAAUUACCUUGGUUAUGCGGUUGCCUUUCCUUUCCCAUACACAAAAUUUCCAUCACUUUGUUUGGACCCACCACACUAUGAAGAAUACCACCUGACACUUCAGACCUUUGAUCUGGUUCUGAGUUUUGUCAUGUUCUGUGCAUCCCUGAUGGUGUUUAUCAAGAUUUCUGCAGGACUGAUCUGGAAUGGACAAAUAAAUGGUCAAAAUAAUGGACAAUAAACUUGGAGCAAUAUUCCUCUUGAAUUUUUUAUAUUUGUGGCCAUUAUUUUUAAAUGUUUGCAAAAUAGCUUCAAUUUCUUAUUCUUAUCUCCUCUAUCUUCUUACAAAAUAAAUAGCAAAAUAAUUUUACAACUG